CUUGUGCUGACUCUGGGACGUCAGACCUACCAGGAGCUGGGCUUGGAAGGAAAGCCGUCUUUGUUCACCCAGAAGCAUCCCACAACUUUUGUCGUGGUGUGAAAGACUUGAGGCUAAUAAUAUAUAAAAAUGCCUCAAAAGAAGCAACCAAGCACACUGGAAAAACUUUCACUAGAAGCUGUGGGACACUUGGUAAUAACCAUAGGUCAAGAAAUGAUUCAACCUGUUGUUGAGGUGUCUAAAUGUGAUCCAGACUGUGGGGCCAUGCUAUUGAAACAGUGCCUCGGUCGAUUUAAUGAACUACUCUACGGCAGUGUGCCGUGGUACCUGUAUGAUAAGAUGGCAGCUGAGGUUCUGACAUCAAUAUCUUCUUUGAUAAAGAAGACUAAAGUUCUACAAGUUGGCCUGGAGCCUGUUACUAACUUCUUAAACCAGAUGAACGUGGUUGUCAACCUCACAGAAAUCGUCAUCCACCCUAAUUUAAGACGAAUAGACUUUUCACUGUGGCCGAAAAUUAUGCGGCAUGUUUUGUACAAGAAUCUGUACAGGAUGUCGGGACUAGAGGUGUUGAACUUGGGCUCGGGGUCGUGCGGUUGGAACACGUCCGACAUCGAAAAACACAUCGUUUGUGGCGUGAUAUCCAUGAAGAACCUGACAUCCCUGUGCUUGUGUUUCGACUGCACCGACCACAUUUUGACGGUGGUGAGUCAGAACUGCUCCCGGCUGCAGAGUCUGGACGUGACGGCAUCGCGUUCCGUCACGGAUCGCAGCGUCAACGCCCUGCUGGCGUGCCGGCAGCUGAGCGAGCUCUACAUCAACAGGACGUCCGUGUCGGUGGAAGGUUACGCGGUCCUCCUGACGGGUCUCCGGCGCCUGGAGGAUCUCGGCCGCUGCGACGAGCUGGGCGUCGUCUUGGAACGCAUAAAACUGUUCUUCAGAAGUUCGAGUCCGCUGGGCCUGCGGAUGUUCGAGAGCCGGGACGUGACGUCCCGUCACCUGCACCUCCUGGUCGAGAUGUGCCCCUACGUGACGCACGUCUCGCUCUAUCACGACGAGCAGGUCAGCGACCUGACCAUCCUGGCCUCCUUGGAGAACCUGUCGGAGCUGAAGCUGUCGGCGUGCGACUUCUUCACGGACAAGGUGGACGUGCUGCUGGAACGCAAGGGCCACGACAUCACGUGCUUGCACCUGGAGCACGUGGAGGAGAUCGACACGAACGCCCUGAUGCACAUCGGCCGGUUCUGCCCCAACGUGCGGAAGCUGGCGUUCAUCAACUGCGAGUUCCCGGAGCGCCUCCCCGUGCCGGCGCCCCGGCUGUCGGCUCCCCCCUUCCAGCGGCUGGAGCAGGUGGAGUGCGUGGUGGAGAGCGCCCCGGGCCACCUGGAGCUCCUGCUGUCCAGCUGCGGGAGGAUCCGCCGCAUCCGGCUGGGCUCGUCGACGGGCAUCGGGGACGCGGUGAUGGCCCGGGUGCUGCGCAGGAACCCCAUGCCCCGGCUGGAGGAGCUGCGGAUCCUGCACAGCGAGCAGCUGGGCAUGCAGACCGUGAGGCUGCUGCUGAAGAGCUGCGGCAGCCUGCGGGUGCUGUCGGAGCUGGAGAGCUGGCAGGGCAUCUCCGCCGCCGAGCUGGCCCUCUUCCGCCAGUACCUCCGCGAGAACAACAUCCAGCUGGACGUGCGGCCGACUCUCUCCUACUGACGCCGUGCUUCAUCCACGCUAUAAGCUUUCCUUUUUACCAGGGACGCAACAACUACAUUUACAAAGGGGGGGGCAAUAUACUUUUUUAUAAAUAAUCAUCGAUCCCCCUAUUGAAGCGGAGGGUCCGGGGGUCCUCCCCCGGGAAAAUUUUGUAUUUUAAGGUGGAAAAUGGUGCUAUUUAAGGAGUUUUAUUAUCUAAAAAUUGAUUACACAGAACUUUCUUUGCGCCCGUAUUGCCCCCACUUCAAGGUUUCAGAGGGGGGGCAAAAUACCCUUCCUCCCCCCUGUUGUUGCACCCCUGAUUUUUACCAAAGUUUUUGAAAGUUGUUUGCAUGAUGAAAUGCAUUGUUACAUGGAAUCAAAUUAUUUACUAUGCAUGUAAAUGAUGCUACUGAUGCUUUUAAUUAUAUUUAACUCUGCCCACUUGUUUUACAGUUCUUCUUGUUUUUUUAGCAGCUAAAACUCACUAUCCCAAAUUUUGAUAGGUUUUUUAAAAUUAUUUAUGUAACAUAAAUUUACCUCUGUUAGAGUAACUUAACUCUAUCUUGCUAUCAUGUUUAAACUGGACCUUGGAAAAAAAAUUAACUUGUAACUUUUUACUGUUGCAGUUUUGCAAAAUCAGUUAUUUAGAGUCUGCUGUGAAAAGAGAAAAAAAAAAUUAUUUGUUAAUUUUUUAAUUUGUAAAUGUGCUGUGAUUGAUUACUAAUUAAAUGUAAGAAAAAAGUGACUUAUUAACGGAAGGCUUUAAUGUCUAUUUGAAAAAAUUUAGUACCAUUUGAAUUCGGCAUUAGUUACUAUAGGCUACGGCCAAUAAUGUGCAUUAUGAAAAUGUCAGAAUAAACAGAUGGCAAACUCCUCAGCAUCGUACUUUUGAACUGUUCCUGUCGACUCACUUGCUUUGACUUGCUCAUGCAUAUGGCCCGGGCCCUUUCUUUAUGCUGUGCUGCUGUGAAAGUUACUGACUGGCAGCAUACGUUUGUUUGUGAUGAUAUGUUGGCAGCAAUGUGACUCUCACAUUAAUGUUUAUUUUAAAUACUUUUUAUUUUUAUUAUGAACUCUGUUAUAAAGAUUUGAUUUUAUUUGUUGUAGUGUUACUGUAGCUGUGAAAGAAUUGACAGUGGUUUUGUCUUCUUUAUUUUUUUCCUUGGUACCUAAUUGUCAUUUGCUACUGAUGGUAGUAGACACUGUCAUGUUAUUUAUGAAACCGUACAUAAAGGUUUAAGUGGCUUACUGCAUAAUAAAUAUGCUUACUGACAAACUCUGGCAGAAUCUUUGUUUUUUUUUUACUAAGAUAUUUUGGGGAGGGGGGAUUACAUGAAUGAAAUAAGUUUUUUUUAGUUUAGCCAUUGUGAACUUUAAUUUUCAUUGCUGCCCAUACCAUCUUUAAUGGAACUAAGCAGUACCAAGGUUGGCAAAAAUCAUUCUAUUCCUAAUACACGCACAUUGACAUAUGACCCACUUGCUUAACUGUAUAUUUAUAGACAUAAAAAUUUAGAAAAAAAAGUAAUAUGAAAAGAGAAAAUUGUUCAAUAGAGUAGAAAAAAUGCAGGAUUCUGAAAGGGUUAGUAACAUGCAGUUGAAAAUUAUUUAUUUAUUUUAAACCAUAAUUAUUCUAGAAGCAUGUAAGCAUGCUUAUUUACACGUCAUUGAUGUGUAGAACCAAGCAUUAUAAAACUGAUGGUGUGGGAAAUCCUGUAAAAAAUGUUAAUGAAUAAAUGUUGUUACAUGUAAAAAAGUACAAUUCCUGAAGACAGAGUUGCUUCAAGUAUAGGAAUCCAGUUUAAGGUAGUGAUAAUAAAAAUACAGUCUUCCUUUUGUUGAAUAAAUGUUGUUUAUAAGAGAGAAAUAAUAUUUGAAACUUUAAACAGCUCUAGUUUUUCCUGCAAGGCGCCACUGAAAAUGGAUGUUUCAUGAGCUGCUAGGUUAAGCUGAUUGGUGCUCAGUGCUACAUAUUAUUUUUUGUAACAUUGGGAAAGUUAUUUUUAUAAUGGCAGAAUGCUUUUUGUUGUAAGGAAUAUAGAGAAUGGGAGUCAUUAAUUAACUUGUGGGAAAACAUAGAAAAAGCAUGUAAUGCAGGCAUUAAAAAAAAACAACAGUACUUGAGGUUGCAUAAUGAAAUUAUAAUUAUUUACGCAUCCAUCAAUGUUUUGCAUCUGUUCCAUUUUACACUCUAGUUGGACAAUUCUUUGUUAGUAUUUAUUUUUGUUAUUUAGUGUAUUCAUUUAUUUUAGUAAGCAGUUAUAUUCCAUAUAUGCUGGUGCUUCUAGCAUCAUUUUUAAACUCCCAUUGUUGCAAAAAAAAAAGCAUAUACAUAAAGUGCUCUCUCUUUGAAAUAUAUGUGCUGUAAUUGUUCCAUAAAACGUAUCCAAGUUUAUCCAUAAUCCCGGUAGCAUGAUCCUGUAUAUUUGAUCCUGUGAUACAUAAUGCUUGCUGUUUUAAUUUAUUAGGUCGGAAGAUCCUGUCCAAACAAAAAUAUCACAAUACAAACAAAUUAUGUCAAGUCUUGUAGAAAUUUUUUCUUUUGUAUUUUAGUUACGAUCAUAAUGCAUUGCCAUUUCCAGGCUCUUUUGAUGAACUAAAUAAAAACAUAAAACAUCAUAUACCAUAGGAUCAAUUAUACGGAAUCAUACCAUCAAUAUCAAGGGAUUGACUUGGAUACGUGAUAUGGAACUUUUAUCAUUUGUACUAUGUCCAUUCUCAGUGGAUUCUUGAAGAAAAAUCAGUUGUUUUGCUAUUGAAGUACAUACUAAAUUAUUUCAGUGAGUCAAUAUCUUACAAACAAAAUUAUAUCUGAAAAUGGCACAACCUUUCUUUAUCUUGGAAUAAAAAACUUCUUGUAAGGGAGGUGGGGGUUAUUUUCAGUCACAAGGUUGUGCAAUAUGCAAUUUCCAAUUUAGGUAAAAGCCAAGAAUUUAUCGUAGAAAUAUUAGUUUGUUUCAGAAGCUAUACUUCUUCGGAUUAAAAUUAUACCGGAAAAGUUAUGGUAUUAUUAUUACAGAAUGGAUUCCAAAUUUGUAGCUACACUGAUUAAUAACAGAAAUACUGUCAUGUUGAUAUUUCUUUGUUUGAUAAAUUUAUAUUUUAGUUACACUUAUCUUCCUUUAGAUGUUUUGAAGGUAUCUCUUUAUUUUAUGAAUAGUUUUUUUUAUCAUCACCAAUUUUUAUCAUAGCUGUACAUCAUAUUUUAUGUUUCAUGUAGACUAGAAAUUUCUAAAGGCUUAUGCAGUUUAACUCUGUUAAGAAGUGUCUCAAGGUACGUAAUAAUUAAAAUUUAUUAACAGGGGAAACUUAUUGAAAGGCUAAAAUUGAAUGUAUUUAUAGGUCAAGCACUAAAUUUUUUAAAUUUAUUAUGCAGGAAAUGUUCUUAAGAGGGUUAUACUGUUUUUUUUUGUCUAUUUGACCACUUAAAUGUUUACAUAAUGGUAUGAGAUAUGUUUACAAUAAAACCCCUGAAAUUCUUUGUAAUAUUCAGAAACACUUGUAAUGUUUUAGCUCACUUCAUACUAAAAAAAAAAAUACAUUGGAGAGAAAUUUUGAAGUGUGAAGAUCUUAUGAGCUUCCAUUUUACUUGUUUUAUAUUAAUUAACUAUUAAUAUUUGUUUUUGAGCACAGUCAGCAAAAUUAGCUAUGUUUAUUGGAAAGUAGGUAUGUAUAAAAUCUGUGUUCCUUCACAACUGUGCAUAUGUGGAAUGGUGCAGGUUUACAUUUACUAGUGUGUUAGCACGUGUGUGUCUAUAUACAUUGUACAAUGAUAUCAAUUUGAACGAGGAUUCCCUUGCCUCAAAAGGUGUAAGAAAUUUGCUCAGCUAUGGAACUAUCCAAACUGUUACAGUACAAUAAAUAUUACUUAUGUGCGACAAUGUAAUUUUUACAGCUCAGAAUUAAGUUUUGAUGACUAUAGUAUACCUGUUGACUUAUGUAUUAAAAUGUUUUGUACCAGCUUAUACAAAAUUGCAUUUUCGACAAAAAUACACACUUAACGCCUUUUUUAUAGGUUGGUUUAAAAAUAAAGGUUCCGCGUAACAUAAAUGCACUAUAAUAGUUCAGUGUGCUAUUUUUAUUUUUACGCAUAGUAUGGCUGUCCUUAGUUACCAGUUUGAAUAUAAAUGCUCGCCACUUUUGACUUACCUUGACUUAGCUUUUUAUCAGCUUUGUGUCCAGUACAAGGUAUGUGCUCAUAGUGAUUAUAGCAGGUUCUAAGAGCAUCAGCUCAAUAAACUAGACUGAUGAAAUAUUUUGUUGUGUUUUAAUAAAGGUAAGUUUUUUUUUGUAAAUUAAUGUUCUUUAAAUUUUAUGUAUCACUUUUGUAUAGAAAUACUUAUGGUAUUUAAUAUUUUCUAGUCAUUCUUUUAUCUCUGUAUCUACUUAAUAUAAAUUUUAAUUACUUUUAAGUGAAUUUAUUUCUGUGCUAAACUUUCCGAGCCAGCUUUGUGAACUUGUUUAAAGUGUGGUCUAUGAUGUUCAGGUGUUCCUUUUACCAUUAUUUUUAUUUUAGUUUUUAUUUUAGUUUUUAUUUUAGUAUGUAGCAUUUGAAAACCAGUGUUGCAGCAAGUGAGUCAUGCAGUGAAGGAGGAAUAAUCUUUCCAAUUAUAAAAAUACUCAUACUUAUUUGUUUUUUGCUAAAAAAUUUUUUUUAUAAUUUUGCAUUGGAAAAUGAGCCUUUUGGACUGAGAUUUUAAUGGUUGGAUUCAAGGAAUAGUUACAGCACUUUGAUGCUUGUGUGAUCAAUUAUAACAUAUUAUGUUGUCAAUACAAAAAAAUCCAUUGACAAAUAAAUAUAUGGCUGCAGCACUGGUUUUAGCAUUCUCGUAAACAUUUUUACUGAGCUAAAUUAGGAUAAGAUUCUAAUUUGAAUUGUGGUUCCAAACUUCCAAGUGCAGCCAUUGUAAUAAAAAAACUAUCCCUGGGAGAGCACCCGGUGAAGCAGUGUGAAUAUACAAAUUUAUGUUAAAAAUAAAUGUCUUCCAUUAAUGUAUUCGUUGGCUGUUUAAUGCCAUGCAGUUCGGCAAAACACUUAAGCCUUCAUGUACAUAUUGAAAUCAUGUUUUUUUUUUUUUUUUUUUUUUUUUUCCUUAGUGAAGUUUUAAAAUUAGUAUUAGCGAUAAAGUAAAAAAAUUUUUUUGUGUGUGACUGUGUUUUUGGAAUUUUUAUUGCUCUCUCGUUGUUUUGAAAAAUAUUCAUGUUUUACAAUCUGCCAAGUUGUCUAAUAUAAAUGGUAUAUAAAUUAUUCAUAUAGACACUUCACGCAUUUGUUUACCCGUAUUGGGUACUGUUAAUGAAAUAAUCAGUGACUUACUGUGUUGGACUUGUUUGCUCCGUGGUUAGAGCUUUGGGCGGGUGGGUCAGGAGUCCUGGGUUGGGAACUCGUUGCUGAGUGGUUCCUUCACCUUCAUGCUGCAGAAGGCAAUGAUGAGCCAUUGCAGUAUCAGCUCUCCUGGUAGGCCCCAGUCAGGUCUGGCCCACCUCCCAAUGGCAGGUUCUGGGAUGAUGAGUUUUUCAUUGUAUAAAAAUUUUCACUGUCUUUAAAAGGAGAGAUUUUUCAGUUUUUCAAAGAAAGAUUAUUUAGUAAGUGUGUAUUCUCACCCUCCCUUCAACUUAUAAUUUCCCCUAAUGUUUACUCUUCAAAAAUUAUACAAUUAACACUAUUAAACAGCUUGCUUCAUCUGUGUGCUCCCAUUGGUAUGUUUCGGGACUGCUGACAAAAUAAAUGCAUUAUGUGAGUGGAAUGUUUGUGGCGGCAAUGUGAAGUUUGAGUAUAGUUUGAAAGGUUUUUGACAUUGUGCUGAAUUUUAGACUGCGAGAUCAAGAUAUGUCUGUACGAGAGACUUGUGUUUGUACAUUGAGGAAAAUAUAUUUAAAAUUGUGAUAAACCUAAAACAUUGUAUGAGAAACAUAAUGAUUUUAACUUUGUAUAUAAGUUAGUGUUGUGAGUUGUGAUAUUUGCAUUGUAGUAAAGCAUUUUUAUAUUGCUUGUGAAGAUAACACACCACCUAUUCUGUGAUAAUACUAGCUCUACCAUCAGCGGUGUGCUGUAAUCUGGGUUUGAAUAAAUACUAGUUGAAAUUCACA